GGUGGUCGGUCAGGUCGGGCGGCGCCGUCGCCCACGCGCACGCCGCCCCUCAAAAUCGGCCGCCUUCCCCCUCCGCCGCACCCUAUUUUUAUCCAUCUCCUGCCGGGAUUGCCUCUCCGCCGCGACGGAUUCACCACCAACGACAGAUCCCUCCCCUCGCCUCGCCUCGCCUGGAGGAGCAAGGAGGCAGGCGGUCCACGGGGCUCGGCUGUCGAUUCACUUUGGCAGCCAGCCAGCCCGCCCCCCAAUUCCUCCUUCCACCGACGAGGGCAGGAGAGGACGGAUAAAUAUAGAUAUAUAAGGCGCGAGCUCUUCCUCAUUGUUAGAAUCUGAAUACAGUGAGAGGAAGCACGAUGGCUUCGCUCCACCGGCCGCUCUCCGCCAUGGCGGUCGCCGCCUUCGCCGCGGUCUCCUCCAUCGAGCUGCCAGACAGGCUGUCCCACCACCACAGGCUCGCCGAUGCCGGCACGGACACCGUCGUAUCGCUUCCUCCAGCCACCAAACUAGAAGCUUCGGCGCCGUCCGUUGCACCGCUCUCCGGCCUGCACUUCUUCCCUCGGAACCACCACCAGGCUUUCUGCCUGCCGAAGGCACCUGUCGCGUCCUUGCCGGCCAUCAACACGGUGCACCAGUACGCGGGGCUCGCCAAGGCCUCGGAGGGCGCAGCGGCCACGGUCCCUUCCUCCUCCUCCUCGCCGGAUGUGCUGUACCGCUGGCAUCUGCCGGACCCUGCUGCGUGCAGUGAUGUCUCGUCCGACGACAGGUCCCAGACGGUGGUGGUUCUUAUUGGGUGGCUGGGCUCCAAGCAAAAGCACCUCAAGAGAUACGCCGACUGGUACACCUCCAGGGGUUUCCAGGUGGUAACCUUCACGCUCCCCAUGUCGGACAUCGUCAGCUAUAAUGUGGGAGGGAAGGCUGAGAGGAAUGUGGAGAUGCUGUCUGAACAUCUUGCCGACUGGGUCAGGGAGGAGGACGGGAAGAAGAUUGUCUUCCACACUUUCAGUAACACUGGCUGGCUUUGCUAUGGUGUGAUACUGGAGAAUUUGCAGCGGCAAGAUCCUUCAGCACUGCAGAAAAUUAAGGGUUCCAUAAUCGAUUCAGCGCCUGUUUCUGUCCCUGAUUCUCAGGUUUGGGCUCUAGGUUUCUCGGCUGCUAUCAUGAAAAAACACAGCGUAGCAACAAAAGGAGCUGCACCAGGCGAUACAAGGUCUGACGUCCUUGUUGUGGAGUCUCACAGAGAUAUUAAACCUGCAGCCACGGAGGCCGUUCUACUAUCUGCACUGGAAAAGUUUUUCAAUGUUGUUCUGAACUAUCCAGCCAUAAAUAGGAGGUUGUCUGGUGUUAUGGAGCUUUUGUCCUCGAACCAACCAAACUGCCCUCAGCUGUACAUGUACAGCUCCGCCGACCGGGUGAUCCCAGCAAAGUCGGUGGAGUCAUUUGUGGAGAGCCAACAACGAAGAGCGGAGCGCGAGGUGAGGUCGUGCGACUUCGUGUCGUCCCCUCAUGUCGACCAUUACCGGAGCAAUCCGGGGCUCUACACCUCUCAGCUGACCAGCUUCCUGGAGGACUGUGUACUGACCUGUCGGCGGGAGGACUCCCCUUCGCCUCUGCCGCCGCCUGCGUAGGACGUUCUCGCUGCAGUUCAAACAUAUUUUUUCCUGGUGCUCCAUUGAAAUGUACCAGGAUCAUACGACGACUAAUUAUACAUCUGACACAUUGUCUUCCUUUUUUUUGGUUCGGUUAUGUUUAGGAGGCACAACUGUAUAAACGUUGGCUUAUUGACUGGCCAUUUGCUGGUCGCUCAAGUGCACAAAUCAUUCAUUUGUC